AUGGCCAUCAAGUAUAUCGAUCCGAGCCAGAACGUCAGUAAAAAUACGAAAAAAAAGGGUGCUGAUUGGGCCGAUAUUGGUGGAUGCGAUGAGAUCGUCGAGGAGAUCAACGAUCGCAUUAUUCUUCCGUUGAAAAUUCGAAGUCUGUAUAAUAUAUCGUCGAAUCUGCUCUCGCCACCCAAAGGUGUACUGCUUUACGGUCCACCGGGCUGUGGCAAGACUUUACUUGCAAAAAUUAUCGCCCGUGCAGCGAAUGCCCGAUUUAUCAAUCUGCAAGUAUCGUCACUCUGCGACAAGUGGUAUGGUGAGUCGCAGAAGCUUGCGGAUGCUGUAUUCUCGGUGGCACAAAAGUUCCAGCCGACAAUUAUAUUCAUUGACGAGAUAGAUUCGUUUUUGAGGGAUCGAGCCGCGCAUGAUCAUGAAGCCACUGCCAUGAUGAAAGCUCAAUUCAUGUGCUUAUGGGAUGGCUUUACAUCAACAGAUGAUGCGAUCAUAGUGCUCGGAGCCACUAACAGGCCAAGAGACGUGGAUAGUGCCAUUUUACGAAGAAUGCCUGCUCGAUUUUACGAUUUGCAAUCGCGUAUUGACAUACUGAAGGUCUUGCUCAGGGAUCAACCACUGGUGCCAGAGACUAAUCUCGAAAAAAUAGCGGAAUAUGCGAGUGGAUUAAGUGGAUCUGAUUUAAAGGAAAUUUGUCGUUUGGCUGUAUCAUCACGCAUUAAAGAAGCUUUUGUGAAAGGACUGGAUCUGAACGAUGAAAAAACGCGUACAGUCCGUGAAGAUGAUUUAAUUGAAUCAGUGCGAAAAUAUAAGCAAGCAGCAAUUGUUUCUGAUAAGAUGCCUGUUUUUGUGCCUCUUGAUUGA